AUGUACGGCAUGACAUUUAAUAUUUAUGGGCCGCCAAAAUAUACAAUAAACAUAUAUAUAUUCAUAUCUAUUUAUCUAUCUAUCUAUCUACCUAUCUAUCUAUCUCAAUCUGUUAAUAUCUAUCUAUGUAUAAUAUCUAUCUAUGUAUCUGCAUUAUUGCUGUUCAUGUCUACUUGGUCUCUAUACAUUAAAUGCGAUUCAUCUAUCUAUCUAUCUAUCUAUCUAUAUAUCUAUCUAUCUAUCUAUCUAGUUCAACCUCUUAAUAUCUAUCUGCACCUCAUAAUGUUUAUAUGUAUCAAUCUAUUCAUAUCUAUCUUUCACAAUGUUGGUCUGUAUCUAUAUCAACCUUUUCAAAUCUAUCUAUCUAUCUAUCUAUCUAUCUAUCUAUCUAUCUAUCUAUAUUUCUAUCUAUCUCAUCCACAGCAUAUCUAUCUAUCUGGCUAUUUAUCAAUCCAUUUCUCUAUCUGCAGUCUAUCUCUGUUCAUAUGUAUUUGGUCUUUUUAUAUCAAAGCCAAUAUCUAUCUAUCUAUCUAUCUGUCUGUCUGUCUGUCUAUCUAUCUAUCUAUCUAUUUAUCUAUCUAUCUAUCUAUCUAUCUAUCUAUCUAUCUAUCUAUCUAUUUGUUGUAUGCUACAACACUAUCUAUCUAUCUAUCUAUCUAUCUGCAGUCUAUCUCUGUUCAUGUCUGCUUGGUCUCUAUACAUCAUUCACUAUCUAUCUAUCUAUCUAUCUAUCUAUCUAUCUGCACUGUUUGUAGCUACCUAUCCAUCUGCACUCUAUUUGUAGGUAUCUAUGUUCAUAUUUUAUUGUUUUUCAUCUAUCUAUCUAUCUAUCUAUCUAUCUAUCUAUCUAUCUCAGUUUGUUUCUAUCUAUCUAUCUAUCUAUCUAUCUAUCUAUCUAUCUAUCUCAAUCAUUUUUAG